ACGGUCGGUUCAAGAAGCUUGCUUAAUGGGUUGUACGCUUUUUCAACUAGAUAGAAUACUUGGUAAUUAUAUCAUAUAGCCUAAUAUAGAGAGUGAUCCAAGUUACAUAUAUCUAUACAUGUGUCUUUUCAAGGUGGCGAAUCCGAGAAUAUCAGAGAGAGAUGGAGGAGGGAGAGGGAGAGGGAGAGGAAGAGGAAGAGGGCUUAAUGAAGAUGAGAAUACUAAUGGUGUGCUGUUGGAGUCGGCGGUGUUGCCGAUGUUUUCCGAGUUCAACAGAGAGCAAGAGAUGUCAGCUAUGGUGUCUGCUCUCACCCAUGUGGUGUCUGGUGAUCUGCAGGUGAGUACUGAUCAGGAGGUGGAGGAGGAGGAUGGUGGUGGUGGUGGUGGUGGUGGUGGUGCUAAUAAUAAUAUACCGGGUGUUGGAGCAAAGAGAGAACGCAUAGAGGAUGAUAUUGGGCAGUUAUCUGAAUCAGUUUCAAGACCAUAUUUUCAUCCAUGUGCUAACUUUUCACCAGGAGGCUCAUCUUCUAAUUUCAGAGUUACAGAAAGUCCUAGCACUAGGACAACAACAAACACACCACCAACAGAGAUGGCAUAUACAUACACUCCCACAUAUGACAAUAGUGAGUCCAAUUUAGGGGAGCCCAGGAGGAAAUACAGAGGAGUGAGACAGAGGCCAUGGGGCAAGUGGGCAGCUGAAAUUAGAGACCCCUACAAAGCUGCUAGGGUUUGGUUAGGCACAUUUGACACUGCUGAAGGAGCUGCAAGAGCCUAUGAUGAAGCAGCUCUCAAGUUCAGAGGCAACAAGGCCAAACUCAACUUCCCCGAAAACGUCAGACUCCGUCCACCACCGGCAGUUUCUCCGGCCACCCAGUUGCCCAUUUCGGAUUCUCCACAUACCCUUUUAUCAGUUUCAACGUCGGCCGAACCGAUUGUUCAUUCUCAAGCUCUGUACCAAAGGCAGAACCUUGCACAAACCUAUAGAGACUACACCAACUACCAUUCUAUGUUGGUUAUGAAUUCUGGUCAAUUUCAAGGACAGCCCGUGAGUUUGUUGGAGCAAAGGCGGUUGCCAACUUCAGUGGCUUCUCAAUUUCAAUCUUCUUCUUCACUUGGAUACUCUGUUUCAUCGUCUUCUUCUUCACCACCACCACCACCUUUUCCCCUGUUUUUGGCGGCUCAGCCGCCUCUUCAACUAAGGCCGCCAAGCAGUCAGAGUAGUUUUGCAGAAUUUCCGGUGACAGAUUGGUCAGAUUCUGGUCAUCAGCCUUCUUCUCCUUCAGGAUGAUCUCUCAAAUUUUUUUUUUUUUUUCAUUUUUUUUUUUUUUCCGUGAUAUUGUCAUUUCUAUUUUGGGUUAUUUUAGUAUCUGUUAUUCUUAUUUCUAUAUUGAGUUUGCUAUUCUGUUAUGUUUGAUCAGGUUCUCAUUAUUUGAAUGUAGUGUUUAAAUCAGGACCAUCAGACACUAAUAAC